CUUCAACUGACACGUAAUCGUUGUUGUUUGUGCUAGUGAUGUAGCGCGAGCGAGCUCACAUUCACAAUACUCCUAGGAUCCUCCCAGCAUGUGUAUCACUUUCCUUUCGAGUUUGUUUUUACCUUGGGUCUCACCGCUUCAAACCGCUCUCGGUGUCACGUUAGCAGUAUUUUUUGUUGUUGUGCAUGAUUGUACUAAAGUACAGACUUUCUAAAAGUGUCGGAACUAAGUUACUUCGGGCCUAGCCUGGCCAGUGAUAUGAUGAGCGAGUCGGUGGCAGUACAGCACUCAUCAUUCAUGGAGUGUGCUGAUAGCGCUCUACCGACCACGACGGUCAUGGCUAGCGCUAUGGCGACAGCGGGUUUGGCGGCCGCUGGCAUAAGUACUGGUAACAGCGUCAGGAUUCCCAUUUCCACGAGCGCCAUCACAACCAUUGGAGCAGCUUCGGCGGAUAGCGCACCCCGUCUGGCCAUAGACCAGGCGGGCAGCGUGACGGGUCAGCUAAGAGAUCCAGAUUCUGAGUCAUCCGAGGAAAGUGAGAUCGAUGAGUCUGAUCUGCUUGCCGAUGCCAAUCAGAACGAGCUGACCAAUCAGCUGGCGGCAGCAGGAACAGUCGGUGUGGCUGCAGCGGCUGCGGUCACAACUGUCCGCAAGCGUGGCCGCAACAAAUGGGAGUUCGAAACGAACCCCGCCGUCCGGAAGCGGCAGCAGACGCGCUUGCUACGCCGCCUGCGUGCGACACUCGACGAGAUGCAGGCACGCGUUGGACAGCAGUGUGUGGUGCUGACUGCAUCGCCAGGGAAGGCCGUUAGUACAAACACGUUCAAGUGCUUCGGUGCAUCACCGCUGGACGAUGUUAUCCGCGGCCAUCAAGACGGCAUAAUGAGAGAUUUGGAAACGUCACUGGAGCGACAUGUGUCCACAGCGCAAGUCCCCGACCCGGACAAACACGAACUACCACCACUGGUUAUUGAAGGUAUCCCCACACCGCUGAACAAGAUGACACAGGCACAGUUACGUGCGUUCAUUCCGCUCAUGCUGAAGUACUCCACUGGGCGACCGAAACCUGGUUGGGGAAAGGAUGACAUGAGGCCAGUGUGGUGGCCCGAUGGUUUGCCGUGGCAAAACGUACGUGCAGACAUGCGCUCGGACAACGAAAAGCAACAGACCCAGUGGACUGAAGCCCUGCGACAGAUAGUGCGGAACUGCUAUACGCAUCACAAUCGCCUCGAUCUGCUCCUGGAGACAGCAGAAGAUCCACUGGAUCAGUUGAGAGCAGAGCAACACGGGGAACUGGAUUUGCAGCAGAUUCCAGGACUUCCGGAACAGACUCAGGUCAUACUAGACUUAGCACAGCAUCCCCAACUGAUCCAACAUAUUCAGGCAGCCGAUGGCACCGCCAUGUUACUUCCACAGUACCUGGAUGGUCAGAUGGUGAUCAGCCUGGCUACGGACACUGGUCAAGUCGGUGUGGAUCCCCAGGUGGUUGCGACUAUAGCAGUGUCCUCAGCCACUGGUGGAGUGCAUACAGUUGCAAACACUACAGCGGCCAUAACAGAUAGCUGUGAUCCCAUUUUGGCUGAGCAAGUUAAUGUUGCCAGUGACUCUUAAUUAAUUGAUAUCGUCACGGUCAUGCGUGAUAUGACACCAUGCAGUAUUAUGCUACAGAAGUAACAGAAUCCCUAUCUCAGUAUCUGACCUAACUUGAAAAACACUCGUGUAACAUUUCGGAGGAGCUAUUCUUCUGGUCACAUGUCUCCAGCUGAGUCGGGCACUGCUGACUUUUUUUUCUGUAUUUUACGUGUGCAAACUAUAUUGUUUAGAAAGAAACUGUGCACCGUUGGCUUAGUUGCAUCAGUUUCAGUUAUAGGUUAUUUUAUCGCUGUAUGAUCUACCCGUGACAUCAAACGUAACCAGUCGUUCCACUGACUGCUACUUCAAGCCACACA